AUGCAGGCAAACCCCUUGCUGCUGCAGGGAGACGAUGACAGCAGCAGCAACAGCGACAGCAGCAGCAGCAAAACAUCCGCCCCCCUGCUGCUGCUGCUGCUGCUGCUGCUGCAGCAGAAGCAGCAGCAGCAAACCAUACUGCUUGGCUUCACACCAAAGGCAACGCAGCAGCACUUGAUGCUCUUGCUGCUAGUCUCUCCUGGCUAUCGAAGGAUGCAGGCAAACCCCUUGCUGCUGCUGCUUGCUGCUGCUGCUGCUGCUGCUGGGGCAGGGCAGCAGCAGCAGCACCAGCAGCAGCAGCAGCAGUCCAAUGAGCUGCUGCAGGGAGACGAUGACAGCAGCAGCAACAGCGACAGCAGCAGCAGCAAAACAUCCGCCCCCCAAAUCACUCCUAUCGCCAGCGGCCUUGAUUCCAGCAGCAGCAGCAGCAGCAGCAGCAGCAUUGCUAGCACCAGCAGCAGCAGCAGCAGCAGCAGCAGCAGCAGCAGCAGCAGUAGCGGGCUAACAGCAGCAGAUUGGUCUCGUGUAUUGAGCAGCAGCAUUGCUAGCACCAGCAGCAGCAGCAGCAGCAGCAGCAGCAGUAGCGGGCUAACAGCAGCAGAUUGGUCUCGUGUAUUGAAUACACAAAAGGAGAAGGUGCAUGCACUAUCAGCAGCAGCAGCAGAAAUAACAGAGAGGCUGCUGCUGCUGCAGCAGCAGUUUCCUUGGGUCGAGGACCUCAAUUGCUGCUUCUUCUCAGGGUCACCUGCAGCAGCAGAAGGGGGCUUAGCCAGGCAGCUGCAGCGGCGGCUGCUGCAGCUGGGGGUGCUGCAGGACCCAACGGACCCUCCUGCUGCUGCUCCUGCUGCUGCUGCUGCUGCUGCUGCUGCUCCUGGUGGUAGCGGUGGUAGUCAAGGUUUAGCAGCAGCAGCAAGCAGCAGCAGCAGCAGCAGCAGCAGCAAUGCUGCAAUGGCCAAUCCGCAUAUACAAGGAAUACACCCGUCUGCAACAACAGCAGCAGCAGCAGCAGCAGCUGCUGCUGCUGCUGCUGCCAAUGGUCGCCAGGGGAGUCAUGCUAGCAGCAGGAAGCCCGCCGCCGCCGCAGCAGCAGCAGCAGCAGCAGCAGCAGGAGGGAGCUCCUCAAGGAGCUCACGGAGGCCUCCGCCAGGCAGCAGAAACACGAGCACUGCAGCAGCAGCAGCAGCAGCAGCUGCUGCUGCUGCUGCUGCUGCUGCUGCUGCUUCGCCUGCUGCUUCAUUUGCUGCGGGGAGGAACGACCCCAGGCAGCUGCAGCCCGUCUCUGCUGCUCAAGUGGAAGACAGCCAGCAGCAGCAGCAGCAGCAGCAGCAGCAGCAGCAGCAACAGCAGCUGCAGCAGCAGCAGCAACAUGGCUUGCUGCUGCAAGGAGGAUCUCCCUCUAGCCACAUAAGCUUCACUGCUGCUGCUGCUGCUGCUGCUGCUGCUGCUGGUGCACGUCCGUCUGCUGCUGCUCCUCCUGGUUUGCAGCAGCAGCAGCAGCAGCAGCACAAUGGUCCGCAGCAGCAGCAGCAGCAGCUGCAGUUGCUGCACCUGCAGCAGCAGCUUACAGCGCAGCCGUCGGCUCCUGGCCUGCAGCAGCAACAGCCGCAGCAGCAGCAGCAACCACAGCAGCAGCAGCUGCUGCUCAACCCGAAAGGAGCAGCAGCAGGUGCUGCUGCAGCAGCAGAACCACAGCAGCAGCAGCAGCAGCAGCACAAUGGUCCGCAGCAGCAGCAGCUGCAGUUGCUGCACCUGCAGCAGCAGCUUACAGCGCAGCCGUCGGCACCUGGCCUGCAGCAGCAACAGCCGCAGCAGCAACAGCAACCACAGCAACAGCAGCUGCUGCUCAACCCGAAGGGAGCAGCAGCAGGUGCUGCUGCAGCAGCAGAACCACAGCAGCCGCUGCAGCAGCAGCAGCAGCUGCCGCAGCAGCAGCUGCAGCAACCGCAAUUGCAGCAGCAGCAACUGCAGCAGGAGGCUGUCUUUGGGCGAGUGCAUGUGGGGCUUCCUUUCACUGAUGAGCAGCAGCAGCAGCAGCAGCAGCAGCAGCAGCAGCUUCUGCUGCAGCAGCAACAAUUUCAGCAGCAGCAGCAGCAGCAUCACCACCAUCACCUGCAGCAGCAGCAGCGAAUCCCCCAGCAGCAGCAGAUAGUGAUACCGUAUUCUGUGCCGCCGCAGCAGCAGCAGCAACAGCAGCAGCCGCAGCAGCAGCAGCAGCAGCAGGAUCUGCUGCUACUGCCACAUGUCCAGCAGCAGCAAAUUCCCCUGCAGCAGCAGCCGCAGCAGCAGCAGCAGCAACCAUGCCUCAUGCCUUCUGCUGCAGCAGCAACAAUUUCAGCAGCAGCAGCAGCAGCAGCAUCACCACCACCACCUGCAGCAGCAGCAGCGCAUCCCGCAGCAGCAGCAGAUAAUGAUACCGUAUUCUGUGCCGCCGCCGCAGCAGCAGCAACAGCAGCAGCCGCAGCAGCAGCAGCAGCAGCAGGAUCUGUUGCUACUGCCACACGUCCAGCAGCAGCAAAUUCCCCUGCAGCAGCAGCCGCAGCAGCAGCAGCAGCAACCAUGCCUCAUGCCGCAGCCGCAGCAGCAGCAGCAGCAGCAGCAGCUGCAAGACCCGCGCUACAGAGUGCCCGUACCACAACCGCCGCCGCCGCCGCAGCAGCAGCAGCAGCUCUUGCUGCAGCAGCAGGGGGGCAUGGUUUGUCUGCAGCAGCCACCGCAGCAGCAGCAGCAGCAGCAGCAGCAGCAGCAGCAGAGCUGCAAGACCCGCGCUACAGAGUGCCCGUACCACAGCCGCAGCCGCCGCCGCAGCAGCAGCAGCAGCUCUUGCUGCAGCAGCAGGGGGGCAUGGUGUGUCUGCAGCAGCCACCGCAGCAGCCGCAGCAGCAGCAGCAGCAGCAGCAGCAGCAGCAACAUCUGCUUGAACAGCCGCUGCAGCAGCCUUAUAUUAUUGGGGGGGGCCCCGUACCCCCUGUGGGGCCGCCUCACCCUUCACAGCAGCAGCAGCAGCAGCAGCAGCAGCUGAUGCUUCUGCUGCCAGGGCAGCAACAGGACCCAGCAGCAGCAGCAGCAGCAGCAGCAGCAGCAGCGGCAGCAGCAGCAGCAGAAGCGAAGGCUGGCUCGAGUGCAGCAGGAGGUGCAGCAGCAGCAGCAGCAGCAGCAGGUGCAGCAGCAGCAGCAGCACCUGCUGCUGCUGUUGCUGCUGCAUUUGAAUCUGCUUCCAGCAGCAGCAGCAAAAAUGGCAACAGAGGGGAGAAACUGCGGCUGUUGCAGCUGCUGACUGCAGCAGCAGCAGCAGCAGCAGCAACUGCUGCUGCUGUUGGCAGCAGCAGCAGCAGCAGGUGA